AUCCCUUCGGCCCAAAUUACCCAACUCCAACAAUGUUCGAACCUUUUCGGUGAAUCUAUCAAAUCCAAAACGUUCUUCGUGUUCCUUUCCCAGAAUCCGAGCCUCGAGUUCGCCAUCGUCCCCUUCAUUGGAAGAGGCAGUAAUGAGCAUAGACAAUCUUCACAGCUUCAUCGAGCUUAAUAUGGGAAAAUGGAACGGCUCUUUCUAUCAAUUUGACGCUUCUGGGCAUUUGUUGCAACAAAUAAGUACGAAGCUUUCAGCAAGUUCUUAUGGAGAAGAUCAUCUCAUGAGUCUCAUUCAGACCCUAUACAUUAAGCAACCUUCAUCAAGUACUUCAAUUUCUGGCUAUGAUGAGCAACCAGAGUGGGCAGAGUACAAAAUCAAAGAAACCAAUAUGUUUACUGUUGAAAAAUAUCAACAAACAGCUGGCAUGCUGGAAUCUGUAUUGAGGCAAGGGGUUCUUGGAGAAGAUGACACUGGUGAAGAAUCACCAAAAAAUGUAAAGCUUCCCUCUCGUCGACCUUCUGUUGUAUGUGAGAAUUGCUUGUAUUCUCUACAGGCAGAGAUGCGAGCAAGAGCCUUUCACAUUUUGGAUCCAAAAGGAGUUGUAGAUAUGCUUAUUGUUUUCCUAGAGGAAAAAAGUGAUGGGUCUCCUCCUCUGCUUAGCAGUUCAAUGGACACAGAGAGCAGGAUUUUACCAUUUCUUGGCAAGUGGAAAGGCCACUCUGUUACAAAACGUAGUGGUGUGUACGGAUCUACGAUCGCUGAAGCUGAUACAGUUGUGUCACUUGAAAUGGAUGGCCAAGGCCAGCUUAAUCAGACUGUGGCUUCAACAUCGAACAAGGAAAAUGAAAAGGUGACUACAAAUGUGGAGUGGAAGGGGACAAUGUCAGAGAAUUUGGUUACAUUUGAGGGAGGAUACCAGGUUACGCUAUUGCCUGGAGGGAUGUACAUGGGGUGUCCUUGUGACGUGGCAAAAAGUGUUGCAGAAUCAAAGUCUUUCCAUUUGGAGUUCUGUUGGCUUGAGACACCUAGCCAGAGACAAAGAUUGGUUCGCACUUACGAUGUGCAAGGCUUAGCUGUUUCUUCCACUUAUUUUUCUGAGACUAAAUCGUGAAGUCUGAGUUCGCCUUGCUUAUAUCAUCAACACAUCAACACCUUACCUCUUUUCUUUUCUUUUCUUUUCUUUUUUGAGGGAAUGUUGUGCGUAGUUAAAUAAGGCUGAAUGAGACACACCUUCCACUUUCAUUCACUCGAUCGCUCUUUUUCUGAAGAGAUUUCCCUUUAGAUAUAAGCCAUGUAUAAUUUAAAUCUGUCUGGUUUUUGAGUACAUUUCGAUGUUUUUAGUGUGUGCUGUAACUUGCACUAAUAAGUUGAACUAUUUUAUUGUUA